AAAUGGCAUCUCAGAGUCGACCCCACAGUCUCUAUAAUCUGUGAAUUAGUGCUAACUUUAGGGCAUGGUCGUUUGUUUUGUAAAGUGAGGUUAUGGCCAUUUAAUAUUUUUGGCGUUGAAAAAGUUAAUAUUAUUUAAUUGUUAAGCAAAAUGACUGACUUUGUUUUAAAUGACAGUGAAACAGAAGGAGAUUCUGAUGAAGAGUUACAAGAAGCAUUCGCAAAAGGAUUACUCAAGCCUGGACUUAACGAAGAAAUAGAAAAAGUAGAGAAAAAAUACGUUAAUAAUGUAGCUGACUUAAAAGCAAAAUUGAAAGAGUUUAAAUUGAAAUUGCCCUGGAUUGAAACGUUGGAUCUCGUAACUGCUGUCGCACCUAUGGCUCCAGAUGUUGCCUUACAAAUACAGGAAACUGCACAAAGAAGAAAGAAUAUAAAAGAGAAUAGUAAAGGUAGUAAAGAGUAUGACCCCACACAGGAUCCGGUAUUAAAUGAGUUCAAACGGGAGAACCUUAUCCACAGGCAAGCGCAGUCUGCUGUUGUGGAGGGCAUAAAAAAGCUUAAGGAACUUGGUGUGCCUACUAGAAGACCUGAUGACUAUUUUGCGGAAAUGGCCAAGACAGACGAGCACAUGCAGAAGGUUCGUAAGAACCUCAUGGCGAAGCAGGCAGCGCAAGCACGUAUAGAGAAAGUACGGCAGCUGCGAGAACAGAAGAAGAUUGCCAAGCGUGUGCAGAUCGAUGCCAAGCUAAAACAAGCCGCUGAAAAGAAACAUAUGUUGGAACAAUUAAAACGAGUUAGAAAAGGCAAGUCAGCCGAUUUAGACUUUUUAGAGGAUGACAAAGGGAAAAAUGUUAAGGGCAAAAGUAAAGAUAAAGGUCCUCAAAAUAAAUCGGCUAAGAAACGUGCAAUGAAAGACAAGAAAUUUGGUUUUGGUGGCAAAAAGAAAGGUUCUAAACUUAACACAAGGGAAUCCUCUAAUCAAAUGGAUGGAUUUAAUAGCUCGGCUAAAAAGAGGCCAUUUAGUUUCAAAAACAAGUCUUUCAAACCUAACAGUAAGAAAAAGAAUCAAAGACCUGGUAAAUCUAAGAGGAGAAAUGCAAAGCGAUAAUUUUGUUAUAUUUAGGUCUCUAUUUUAUAAUAAACUUUUUGACCUUAAACAAA